AUGGGGACGCGCAGCGGGCAAAAAAUGGCCUUUAUUGGCCUGUUACUUCUCAUUGGCUGGUCCAGCCUUGACCGUGCGACGGCUGCUGGCUGCAACGAUGGCUGCUGCCUACAGUAUGAGACGGCCGAAGGCGUCGCAGCAUUUGAUCUCCGGCCUUUGACCCGCACGGGAAAUCAGCCCGAUUACAUGCUGCAUGAUCUGGAUUCAAGCAACACCGUGUACUACAUCAACGUGUGCGCCAACCUUACCAAGGCCGGUACCUCGGGUCAGCGCUGCCACUCACUCAGCGCCGACUCGGCGGCUUGCCAAGCUCUCGUUGAUCCUUCGCUGGCUCCGGCUGCCGACCGCGACGCAUACCCCUUUGAUUUGGGCCACCGCACCACGUCCCUGCAAUGGAUCGACGAGACGGAAAAGAGCCAUGGGAUGGAGCUGACCUACUUUGACGGUACCAAGUGUGAUAAGCUGCCCCGCCAGAGCAACAUCCAGUUUGUGUGCAAUACCCACGGUCGUGGUCAUCCGAUCUACGAGGGUGAACUCCACCACGCCUGUGAGUAUCUCUUUCGCUGGGAGACUGAUUUGGCCUGCGCCAACGUUCAUCACGGCACGGAGGUGGAGUGCUCGGUGACCGAUCCGGUUACGAAGGACUACUACGACCUUUCUCCCCUCAUCCGUUCCACCACUAAUUGGGAGGUGCUCCGAUUGGAUGGCGGCGGCGAGGACUAUUCCAUGGAGAUCAACGUCUGUCGCUCCCUUGUGCCCACCGGCUCUCUACCGGCCACGUGCGCCGACGACGUCAGCGCCGCUUGUCAGCGCAAAAUCAACACUACUAAUGUUGACGGCACCAGCUUCUCACUUGGCCAGGUCGCUACGCCUCAGAUCAGCGAUGGCAUUGUCAAGCUUGUGUACGAGGGUGGCACGCCCUGCGGUGCGCGUCAGCGCCGCACCAUCAUCGAGCUCACGUGUGAUCCUGACAGCCCGGUCACGGCCGAGCCCGUUUAUAAAUCUGAGAUUGAAACCUGCGUUUACUUGUUCGAGUGGACCACACCCUACGCCUGUCCCGUCACCUCCAAGACCAGCGGCGGCGAGGAUGAAGUUGUUACCGUUAACACCACCUGCACCAUCACCACAGCCGGUGGUUUCCAGUAUGAUUUCUCCGCCAUCAACACGAUUGAGAACGUUGAAUAUAACGAGGAACAUCGCAUGGCCAUCUCCUUUUGCGACGGCGGCUAUCGCUGCGGAAACGACCUUGCGGGCAUCUGCCUCACCGAGGAUGAAGACGAUGAGGGUCCGAUCAACGAGACACUGGCCUCGCCUGCCCAUCGCAUCAUUGCUGACGGCGAAAACUUGCGCAUGGAAUUCACCGCCGAAACUUGCCACAUGGACCCGACGCAGUCUUUCCACGCCAUUGUCAACUUUGUGUGCGACCCCGAAGCCACGCGCUUGGAUGCCAACUUUAUCCAUCGUACCGAUACAACUCUGGAUGUUGAGCAUGACUGCGAGCCUGUUUUUGAGCUCUUGACCGCUCUUGCUUGUCAACCCGAAGCCAUCCCUUGCGGCGUUCCCGGUUACAACUUUGAUCUCAGCGACCUAACCUUGGAACACGACAAUUGGCGCACCGUUGACGAAGAUCAAGAGGAUGGUAGGUGUUUGGCUCCCGCGACGCUCAUCCUUCCCGAGUCUCUCAAUCCAAAACCUUGUCCCGUUCAUUCCUCUACCGCUGUGUCCACUCGUCCGGUCUACUCUCACGCCUUGUUGUGUUCCGUGACGUUCAACCGGCUGGCAGGCAAGUAUGCAUACCUGAUCAAUGUUUGUCAGAAUAUUGUCGAGAAUGAGGAAAGUGUUGGCUGCCGGGCCAAUGCCGGCAUUUGCCAGGUCCUGGCCGACCCAUCAAGCUCGGCGAGCUUUGAGCCUCGCAGCCUCGGUCAGGCUACGCAGCCUUACGUCAAUGGCGACAACGAGCUCGUGAUUGACUUUGUUACGGGCGAUUGGUGUCCUGCCGCCAAUGCUUAUCGAAACGCAAGCCUUAUUCUCCUCUGCAGUGAGAUCCAGGGAUCACCCGUCGUUCUAGGCGAGGUGUCGACCUGCUCCUACAAGUUUAGUUGGGAGACACCGCUGGCCUGUGCUCUGCAUGAGGCCAACAGCACCAACUGCAAAGCCACCAGCCCCGAAGGCCAGAUCUUUGACUUUUCACGCCUCAAGGAUCAGGAAUUUAUCGCCAAACACGACGGCCAGAGUGCCUACCACGUCAGCGUGUGUGGCACCAACAGCCACUGCGCCGGACAGGGCGCUGUCUGCAAUCUUGAUGGCCAGCAAGCGUUUGGCGAUGCCACUUCGAAAAUCCAAGUCGAGGACGAUGACGUCUUCAUGACCCUCGUCUCAAGCCAAACGUGCUCAGCGUAUGGUGACAUGGUCAAGAAGGAAACAAUCAUCUCCUUCGUCUGCCCCGAGGGCGCUCACAAGAACAACGACGUGGUCGUUUUUGAUGACGAUGGCUGCACUGUCCUCCUCACCUGGUACACAGACAUUGUGUGCACGUCCGCCUUCAAGCCCAUUCCCUGCAGCGUUUUGGGUGAACACGGUGACUACUAUGAUUUGACUCGUCUGGUCAACUCACACAGCAACUAUCAGGCUGGCGGCGGGGGCAGCACCUUUCAAAUUAAUGUCUGCCGCCCCGUCACUGCCAUCUCGGGCGAGAACUGUCCCGUCGAUGCCGGCGUGUGUCAGCUGGAUGCCGUAGGUGACACGGACGUGAGUCUCGGUACCCCUAGUGCUCCGCAAUACGAUGCCGACCGCAACCAGCUCUAUAUUCUCUAUCAAGGGGGCCAGGACGGCUGCGAGGCGCGCUUGGACUUUGAGUGCAGCACCUCCGAUGAGGGCCUAGUGUUUGUGGAAAAGAUGACGUACCACACAUGCCUGUAUCGCUUCCGCUGGCGCACGCCCGUUGCUUGCCCGGUCAAGGUGCUCAAAGGGAAGGAUUGUGCCGUUCGCGAUCCAGUGACAAACACGCUCGUCAACCUAACGAGCUUGCAAGCCACCACCAGCACCGGGUACGCCGUCACAGAACCCAUCCAUGGCUACACCUUUUACGUGGAUAUUUGCCGCGCCAUCACCUGUCCGGGCAAGACGAGCGACGCCAGCGUCGGGGCCUGCCAGACCAAACCCGGUGAUGAUCAGUUCCCGAAGCUUCUGGGUGAUGCCAACGGCGACCUCAUGUUUGAGGAUGAUACACUCAUGCUCAAAUACACUGGUGGCGAGACCUGCGGUAACUCGGUGCAUCGCACCACCAAAAUCUUUUUCGAGUGUGAGGAAGCCAACCCCGAUGACGCGCCACAGUUUUUCACCGAGAUUGACCCAUGCAUUUAUGUCUUCAAAUGGAAGACCCCCUUAGCCUGUCUGCCGGAGAUUGAAUGCCGGGCUAGUAACAAUGGUCAUGACUACCACCUCGAUGCUCUCAAGCAGUCCUCAUCCAACUACGUCGCCGUUGGCGCAGGUGGCGUGCACUUUGCCCUCAACGUCUGUGGACGCCUCAAUGAGCAAAGCACAACCUGUGGUGGCUUCUCAGCGGCUUGUCUCACAGAAAGCAGCGGUGAGCACAUCUCACUCGGAAACCCGAGCGCCCCAUACAUUGCCGCAGACGGCACUCUGACCCUCAGCUACUCGUACGGUGAUGAAUGCACCACCUCGGACGGCGUCGAGACGCGCUACAGCGCUCGCAUUCUCUUUGUCUGCAAGAACGAGAUGGGCUACAUCGGUGCCCCUGAGUAUCAGUACACCUCUGCCAACGGCUGCGAAUAUGUGUUCACCUGGCAAACGAGCUACGCCUGCGCAGAGGCAGAUGACGACGAGGGCGAAGUUGUGGGCGAUUGCAAGGUGGAGCAGAAUGGCAACAUCUUUGAUCUCUCCGCGUUGAUGAACCACGAUCCCUUGACGACCACUUACACGCACGGCACUGACGCGUACAAAUACUCGUUGUCCGUGUGUGGCAAGCUCGGCACAUCCGUUCCCACAGCUUGCCAGGGUCAAGGCGCCUGUCAGGCAUUGAUUGACGACCCGAGUAAGGCCAACGCGCUCGGCAAGCCAAGUGCCCGCCUCUACGCCGACGACGGCACCCUCAAGCUUCAGUAUGCCAACGGCUCUGGUUGCUUUGACGGGUCUGUCCUCCGCUCCACGACGGUGCUCUUUCGCUGUAACGAGUCGAUCGAGGCCGAUCUCUCUUUUCUCGGUGAGAAUUCGUGCCAAUACGAGCUUGAAGUUGCUACCAAGUACGCAUGCCAAGAGACGCGACGUGUGCCUUGCGAGGCAACUGAUCCCAUCAACAGCGAUUCGCCCAGCUUUGAUCUCUCCGACCUGAUGAAGAAUGACAUGGACUACGUGGCCUCGUCCAGCUUCCGCGUGCCAGGGUCCACAGUCAUCUUCAAUGUCUGCCGCACGUUGGUCGCCCCGCCUUCCACAGCCUGUGGCGGCAACUCGGGUAUCUGCCUGAAUGUGGACGACAAGUACUAUUCUCUUGGUAACAUCCAGCAACCCAUGAUCAACGUGGACGGGCAGUACGUCAUCAGUUACGCGGGCGGUGAUUGCCCAUUCACUAGCGGCACGUCCACAGCCACCAUCAAUCUAGUGUGCAGCCCUGACGGUCGCAUUGGUGUCCCUGAACUGAUCAACACGCCAAACGAGAACUGCGAUUACAUCUUUUCUUGGGUUCAUCCCCUGGCUCACUGUGAGAAUGAACAGAGCACCACGGUGGCACCCUCGCACACCCUGACCAAGGAGGACUGUAUUGUGACGGACAUCCAAGGUGUGACUUACGAUCUCACUGCCCUGGCAGGCAAGACUUUUACUGCUCAGUCCGACUCGGAUCCGGAGUACUCCUACUUGCUGCACGUGUGUGGCGACCUGGCCGAGACCUGCCAGCCGGGCGUUGGUACAGCCGGCGCCUGUCAGAAGAAAAGUGGUAGUGCCCACAGCUUGGGUCACUUUACCCGUGCGCCGUACUUCAAGAGCGGCGAGCUUGUGCUCGAGUACACGGAUGGCGAUUCCAACGGCUGCGGCGACGGCAUGACGCGCGGUACCGUUAUUAACUUUGAAUGCGCACCGGAGGUGGACGAAGGGACCCCAUAUUAUGUGGGCGAGACGAAUCAGUGCCAGUACGAAUUCACCUGGCGCACCAAGUACGCGUGUGGCAGCAGCGGCCUUGAGCCCAUCACACCGCUUGAAUGUGCUGUGAACCACAAGGGCAUCACCUACGACUUUGGAGAGCUCCGCAGGAUGGCCACGGACGACCCACCCAAUUGGGUCGCAUACAACGAAGAGAACGUUUCUGAGAAGGACAAGUACGUCUUUGAUAUCAACGUCUGUGGGUCUUUGAACCACUUUGCUGGUAUGGGUGCUUGUCUGGGGGCCUCUAUGUGCCAGACUGCGCCCAACGAUGCCUCCUACGCCCCGCGUGUGGUGGGUCAGGCUCGCCACGAACCCGUGGCCAUUGAGGACGACGAUGGCGACGUUCACUUUCAGCUCAGCUACGACCUGCCACAAGGCUUUAGCACCGACUGCAACGGCGCCGACCGUUCAGCCGUGAUCAACUUUUAUUGCGCCGAGCACGAGGGCGAGGUGGGCUAUCCCAUCUUCAUUGGUGAAUCCUCAGCAUGUCAUUACGAAUUCCGCUGGGAUACCAUGUAUGCGUGCGCGCCCAAGGAGGCGGAAGUGACUGGUGACUGCACCGUGGCGGAUCCCAUGACAGGCCAGGUGUACGAUCUGUCGCCCUUGGGCAAGGCCGCACUUCCAUACACUGAUGGCCAAGGCUCCUACAGCGUGGCCAUUUGUGAGUCGCAUAAUGGAUGCAGCAGCUCUGCGGGCAGCGGCGUGUGCAAGGGCCAGCAAACAGGCUUGGGCGAGGUCAAUGCCAACUUGACGAUUGUGGAUCACUCUUUGCAGCUCGAGUACAAGAACGGCGACCCUUGCGGAGAAGGGACAUCUACCUAUAGCUCUGUCAUUCAAUUCUACUGCGACCCAGAGGUAGAGAAGGAGGUGACGCUUGACGCUACGGCGGACGACUGCGUCAACGUUUUCCAUGUUGGUACCAAGUACGCUUGCCCCGAGACCACGGACAUGGAUUGCACGGUCGUCAGCGCAGACGGCACGGCCUACGAUCUAUCAGUCCUGAAGCGCUAUACCCACCAAGAUAGUUGGCAGGUUCGCAACGAAGACUCUGAUGCCAAGCACGACUACUUUAUCAACGUCUGCCAUCUCUUGACGGGCUUGCCCACAGAGACGCGGCAAUGUGGCAACUCGGCGGCCUGUCAGAUUGAAAAGAGCACUGGCGCAGCCUACAAGUUGGGAACGCUGGACACGGAACCUUACUUGGAGGAUGGCAAACUCAAGCUUCACUACUCAGGGGGCACGGCUUGCCAUGUGGGAGGCCAGACGGUCGAGCGCUCAACUGAUAUCAUCUUUGAGUGCAAUGAGGAUCCUGAAACCGCUUCGCCCUUGGGCGUGCCCUACUUUCACGCGGAGGACCAAGCUUGCCACUACGUCAUGCACUGGAAAACCACAGCGGCCUGUCCCGUCAAGUCUCAGCUACAGGCUGGUUGCGUGCUCCGCAAUCCCAUCACGAAUGAGAAGUAUGCCAUGCUGAACCAGGGUGCCAGCUUGACCGGGGUAGGCGUCGACAAGGCCACGGAUACAAGCUAUACCAUCAGUGUGUGCGACACUAUCACCUGCGGCGAUGACAAGGCGGCCAGCGGCUGCCAACAGCCCAAUGGUAAAGGUGGCAUCUCCCUCGGCAAGAGUUUGGGUAUUGAGAUUUCUCCCGAUGGUGAGCUUGUGAUGCAAAUGCAGGGUGGUACCAGCAAGUGCCACGGAACUUAUACACGUGCGGCCACCGUCACUUUUCAAUGCGUGCCAAGCAAGACGCCUACUCGGGUGGACUUUUCGGGUGGCUACAUUGACAUCAACGUGUGCGCUGCCGUCGAGGAUGGAGGCUGCUCCGACAACACAGCGGCCUGCCUGCACUUGGAUGGGCAGGACCAAGCUGUCUCGCUGGGUAGCUUUGACAACGCCAAGCCUCAGUCACUGGGCAACAGUGUUUAUCUGCAGUACACGGAUGGCGGGGACGAUUGUGACGUUGGGGCUGGUGGUGCUUACUCUCUGCAAAUCGACUUUGUCUGCUCGACAACCACGACGCAAACACCCAAGGUAACCAAGAGCCCCACCUCAAGUUGUCUGGUUCGCAUCGAGUGGCCAACAUGUGAGGUCUGCCCGUCAGCGGACCCCUGUCAUGAUCUAGAGGAUGAAACCACGACGCUGAGCCCUUCCGGGGCUGGCGGUGACAAGGGCAGCUCGCAAGGCGGCAGCAACAGUGGCAAACACUCCAAGGGUGGUGUCAUUGCAGCGGUGGUCAUUGUCGUUGCUCUCGUGGCCAUUGGUGCUGGUGUACUUAUCAUGUCGCCGACACGCCGGGCAUCCAUUCUGGGCUGUUUUGGACGCUCAACCGUGCAGCCACAGUAUCAGUAUCGCAAGAUGGGCGAUGUCGAAGCCUUGCCCGAUGAGGCGCGCAAUCUUUUUGAUGAUGAUGAUGACGACGACGACGAAGGCGCCCUAGUUGGCUUCAAGCCUGCACCAGGCGGUCGUCCUGCGGCGUUCAGCCCGGAGCGAAGCGUUGGCGUGCACGCCGAGGAUGAUGACGACGAUGACGACGAUGAAAUCAUUGCUCUCGACUAGUCCUCGUUGGCUCACUCGGCAUACCCUAUCCCUUUCGAACCGAAUAAAAAGUACAAAAGUCAAGGGUCAUAUCUUAACCCUGAACGUUCUCAGACGCGUCUUCUAGUAUCACCCUCAACCAGGCCAGAUCUUUGGUUUUUUUUUCUCAUUUUGUUCUUGUCCUGUCGUUUCGUUCGACAUGAAGUUUUGUUCCUACUCUCUUUCUUUUUGAUUUUCAGUGUGAGCUUUUGUUUUGAAGGGCGCCCCUCACUUGCGUUCCCCCUUCGCAAAUUUCCACAUCCGAAUGGUAA